AUGGCCCUCGCUGUAUUCCAGCAGAUGUAUCUGAGCUCAGAAGACAUUCAGAUGUUUAUUCCUGAGACAGACGAGGUCCCCGCCGAAGCAUCUUCGGACCUUCUCAGCGCCGAACAUACAUCUUCAAUGUGUUUCGAUGUUCUUCAAAAGAUGAAACAACGAAUUCAGCACUUAGAAGCAGAGAAUGAAGAGCUAAAUCGGCCACCGCCGCCCGUGGCUGUCAGAGUACAAAUCUUUCACUGCCUUGAGAACGAAGAGAUGGACGGAAAUACCUACCUCUCGGAACCAGAAUGGAUGGUCAACGAAGACGACACCCGUCUCAGUGCCCGAUCUCUAUUAAUGGACCCUGAAAGAUACAUCGAAAAAGAGAAAGACAUCUCAUUUGUCGUCUACAAGUGUUACUCAGAAGAUCACCAGAGAGACGCAGUGGUAGAAGCAAGGAAAUUUUCCGGGCCACUGCCACUCCCGGUACCCGCCUACGAGGACAUAUUGCUCACUUCGAAGGAGACGGUGGAGGCUGUGGAGGCAUUUUUCGCGCUACAUCCUGCGUCUCGUCAGGAGUUCCCCAAGGUCAACACCAGUGACAGGUUGUCAGCGCCGUUCAUAUGGUGGUAUCACCAUCGCAAGUCAAACAAAAUCGAAUGCCUGCCGCCACGUCAAGCCGAAUUGGUCAAUGCACUUGUCGGCCACAUCGAAAAGGCUUAUGCGCCGUUGUAUGACAACAUAGACGAACAAUUCAGCAGAGGAUUUGUGUCGAAUGGUUCCAUGGAAUAUCUCUUUCGACCUGGUCAAGUUCUGAUCUCGUUUACGGAUGGUGUCCCGCAAGGUCACAUUGCAAUAUCUCGCCCUUUUCACUACGCCAAGGAACCUGACGAUUCCGCCACUGGACCAAUUCCAAAGAGACAUCCAGAUCCCCCAGAAAAGUUUUUGUCGCAAUGGAACAUAUCAUCGCGCUCAAUUUCCUAUCGCGGGAACUUUGUUCGGGUGGAAGAACAGCUCAAGAUCGAGUUUGAGACGGAGACUGAGAACGGAGAAAUUGGCAUUUCGAGGUUACCUGUAAUUCCUCUUGAAUUCACUUCGGAGGCAGUGCAGGAACAAUUAAUUCUUCGUGGCCAAACAUUUUGGAAAUGUCGCCAGAAACGACUCAUUUCCUACCAAGGCGGAGAGCAAAUUCACGUUGGCGAAAGAUUCAUGGUUGACUAUGACACGUAUACAAGCCUCUAUCCGCAUAAUUCGUACGCUGCGAAGGCCAUCGGGGCGGUGGCAGAACCAGGCUUGCCUACAGAUGGCAGCGAACCCCAUGCCCCCGAGAUCUAUCUCUUUCCAAAACUUAUCCCUGGCUUUGAUCUUAGACGCAAGAAGUGGAUUGAUGUCGAGGUUGACCAAAUUCACGACGUUGUCUGGAAUGAACAUGCCUUCAAGAGUCUGGUGGCUGACGAAGACAUGAAGACACUCAUUCUUGCGCUUGUCACGAACCAAAUCGAUUCCAGAAGAGGCACGGAUAUGAUCGAUAACAAAGGGAACGGUCUCGUCAUGUUGCUUCACGGCUCUCCAGGUACUGGUAAGACGUUUACCGCUGAAUCCGUCGCCGAAGUAGCCAAGAAACCUUUGUACUCGGUUACCUGCGGCGAUCUAGGAACGAAUCCUGCCGAGGUCGAGAAAUAUCUCGAGUCCGUCUUCCACCUUGGCAAGAUUUGGGACUGCGUCGUGCUUCUGGAUGAAGCCGAAGUCUUCCUCGAGCAACGUACUCUGCAAGACCUCCAACGAAACGCACUUGUCUCCGUGUUCUUGCGCGCCCUAGAAUACUACGAUGGGAUCUUGAUUCUUACGACAAACCGUGUCGGGACGUUCGACGAGGCGUUCAAGUCUCGAAUUCAACUCGCGCUCCGGUACGAAAAGCUGGAGGCCUACCAACGCAAGCAAAUCUGGAAGAACUUCUUCGAGCGGCUCAAGAGUAUUGGAGAGGAGGACAGCAUCGACUUCGAUGAUAUUUCGCUGCACAUAGACGAACUGACCAGGCACCCGAUGAACGGACGACAGAUCCGGAAUACGAUCACCACCGCACGGCAGCUCGCCAAGUUUAUGGGAAAGAAGAUGGUGUUUUCGCAUCUGCAACGAACCAUGGCAAUCACGAACAAGUUUGAUCAGUACUUGGCUGACGUUCGGGAAGCUGAUGUGGAGGAACAUGGUGGAAGAGGCUUGUAUGGCAGUUACUCAGACGAGUAUUUCGCUCGAUCCGAUCAAAUACGAUAG